CAGACCGGCGAUCCUACUCGUUAAGUCCACAGUGCAACCCCAACCGUUACCCUCGUGAGUUUAUCAUCUGACAACUCUUUGCGGGAAAAAUACGACUUCAAGCUACAACAUAGAAUGAUAAACUAUGUGAAAGAUGAGAGGUAGGUCAACGGUGCUGACAGCACCACUGUUGUACAACAGCAGUUGCUGGCACUCACGUGUAUACUCUAAUGGACUGAUCUAUCGUAUAACCGUUUCCGGUGUAACAGAGAGUGCCCUAGUCUCACUACUUACAUUAGCGAUAUUAAUUGCUAAUUUGGUAGUAAUCGUUACAAUAAAUAGCAAUAAAUACACAAAAUUCAUACAUCCACAGCCUAGGUAUCUAGUAACAUCACUAGCUUGUAACGACUUGGCUAUUGGACUUCUCGUCACUCCUUUAGCUGCGUUUUCGGCAUUGGUUCACUGUUGGCCAUAUUCCGAAAUAAUAUGUCAAAUUCAAGCGCUAUUGAGAGCUGCGUUGCCACAACAAAACGCUAUGAUAUUGGUGUUUAUGGCAGUAGAUCGAUACACGUGUAUGCUUCAUCCGGACAAGUAUCAUAAACACUCGAGCAAAAAAGGCUGUAUGCUAGUGCUAAGUUUGACUCUAAUGGGUUCACUAACAGCAUUUGGGGCUCUCGUUAUCCGCCGUGGAGGAUACUUCUACAACGGAAACGGUCUGAUGGCGUGCGAACCGUUUUACCAAAGGCCUAGUCUGCGCAUACUGGCCGCUUGCCUAUUCUACUUCCCGACCACCAUGGCCCUUAUGUACUUUUACGGUUCGGCGCUUCACGUGGACAGACUCAGGCACAGACAGCAAGUUAAUAUCUGUGCUGUUCUGGUGCAACCCAUACUGCCCAACAACGUCACUACUAAGAACGUACUUGAUGAGCCAUCAGAUCAGCUAGGAUCAAAAGAAUUAAGGCAGAGUAUUCGAACGACCAGAGCUAUGGGCGCGGUAGCUCUAUGUUUCAUUGUUGCCGUCACUCCUUGGACGAUCCAGGAAGUGGUCACAGCCUGUACGGGCAGUAAGAUGCCUCCGGCCGUGGACUUCGUCAUUACUUGGAUAGCACUAAGCAACAGUUUUUGGAAUCCGUUCAUUUAUUGGGCGUUAAAUAGAAAAUUCAGGCGCAUCAGUCGCAGUAUAAUCAAGACAAAAAUAUUUUGCCGAAAAAAAUACAGCUCCAGCAUUGUAUCGUCAUCAUGCCACAUAGGCCACCAAGAGGGUUGUUGCGCCAACAGGGAUAUGUGUUUCAUGGCCCUUCAAAAGGACAACGGUGACAUCAUCGAAGAGGACAGACAAUCAACAGGGUCUCAGGACAGAGGAGGUUUUCCGCCGACUCCUCCACCGCCACCGCCUUAUCACAGAGGAGGUUCGCAGACUUGUCCUACCAGAAAAUACUGACAACACGAUUUUGUGUUCCUCAACUGAUAUAUUAUAAUCAAUGUAAAUAAUAAUUUUAGUGAAAAUCAGCGUUUAAAAAAUCGUAUACCUAACACUUAGUUCAACUACACAAGACAGACCAAAAUAGUAAUAAGUAACUUCUUUAUUGAAUCGUUUUAAUCCCAGAAAUAAAUAGAAGAUUGAGAACGAGAGAGUAUUUUGUAAUUUUGAAUGCUUUUCGAGUUCAAUGCAUUGGAUACGUCAUUGAAUAAAACCCAAAUCUAUAUAUUUUGGAGAAAAAUAAAUCUAGAAUUCUUCGACAAUACAUUUUUCCAGUCAACCCUUUAUUCAGUGAGAAUUUCAGCAGACUUACAACUUUUCAAUUGUAAACUCAUUUUGUGAGAUAUGCACUAAAUUAGACUGCCAUUGGAGUUUGCAAUAAAUUAACGUUUAUGGACAUUUCUUUUUCUUUAGGAAUUGAAAAAGAUAACUAAUAAAAGAGGAAAGAAGUCACCGUAAUGUUUUCAAUUCCUUAUUUGUGUGUGUAUAGUUUCAUUACGAUCUCAGAGUCAGAUGUAUUUUGUUUAAGACAUUCACGCUCUCUGAUAAUUAUCUCAACGAUGUGUUUUGGUUGGUAGGUAAAAUUUUAAUAAAUAGUAACAUACUAUUUUGUUAUCUACAAGAAAUUACAAACAUCAAUUAAUUUUUAUGUAGUCAAAAUUUCACAAACAGAUCUGGUUAUAGAUUAUGAUCAAUGUGUACCUGCAUUAAAUUGAAUAGCGUUUUAUAGAUAACUAUUUAAUGAUUUUUUCUAAACAGAAAAAAUUAAUAUAAAACAUUUUUUUAUAUCAACUUUUUUCAAUAACUACCCAUAUAUUUCGUCAAAAACAAACAAAAACUACCACUUGUACUAUAAUUAUUACCAAACAUAGUUGCCGAAUUAACUAUUCGUAUUAAAUCUUAUAAUAAUUAUAAGCAUAAACGCAAUUUGAGGGGGCUUAGAUAUGCUAGCAUCCCACUUUUUAAAAAAGUAUCCCUAAAAUUGUAAACUUUUCGGUUUCUAAGCCCCCCGUCCACUUUUUUUAGCGAAAUUGUGCCUAUAGCUUGUUUUUUUUUUACAUAACAUCAAUAAACGCAACAGAAAACAUCAUAGGUAAAAUAGCUAUAAUUAUUAAUUUUUGUUUUAUAUAAUCUCAUUGUAAAGUGUAGACCACGAUCUUCUAACCACAUCUGGUAACUUUCUAAGCGGAAAAGCGUAGUGGUUUUUUUCAACAUGGCGGCCACUAACACGUUUUUUUUUUUUUUUGUGUUUGUAUGUAAUACACACGCAGGUGGCCAUAUUGGAAAAAAACGGUUACGAUUUUCCGUUUAGUGAGUUACCAGAACUGGUUAUAAUAUCGUGGUGUAGACAAAUAAUCAUAUCUUUAAUGUCAUCAAUGGUUUGAAACAACCAUUCAUCGAUGAAUUGUGAACACAUUUUGAACUGAUGUGGGUUUUUUUGGUGUGCUAUAUUAUAAUUUAUUUUACUUUUUGUUAUGUUUGGCGAGUGCUCUUAUAACAUUAUUAAUGUUUCCAAAUAAAAUAAUUAUUGAACUGCGUUAUUUUGCUUUAAAUAAUUUGCUGUAAGUCUUUGGGAGUUUCAAAUUAGGCAAAUAUAAUACAAUCACGUAAAAUGACAAAAUAUAAGUUAAAAAUAUUACUAACGUAAAUAAUGAAACUUAAUCCAAGUGUGAAUAUAUAAUAUAAUAGUCAUAAAGAUUAAAGUACAUUUACAUAAUCCAGGCUGCAUAUUACUUCAAAGGAUCAUCAUUGAUUUUGAAGAAACAAUGAUUGGUUUCCUCAAAAUGUUGAUACUCGACUAAUCAAAAUUGAGUUCUUAUACCAGCCUAACGUUACUAUAAUGUACAGUGACAAUAAUAUGACAACAUUUUACAAUGGUUUACAUCAUCAUUAGUUGAUAUUUAAUUGUUGGAUUUGUAAAAUUAUCAUUAGAAUAUAAUGGACAAAUUACUAACGCAGUUCAAAUUUAAAUACUAUACUAUACUUCAAAUGAAAUCAAUUAAUUUGAAUACACAACAAAAACAAAUAGUAUACACGAUUACAUAACUUAGCAAGAAUUAAAUUAGGUAUAACAUAAAAUCAACAGCUAGAGUAUUAAUAUUCCUCUACAUCCAACUUUCGAAAUAUUUAAGUACUGUUUAUUUCCUAUAUAAUUUAUACAGGAAUUAAAUAAUUCCUGCUAUAAUUUAUAAAUGAAGUUUCAAUGGAAUAUUAUCAUUAAUAAUACGCUUGUCUACCAUUAAGCUACAAAAUGGCUAUCUCAGUUUAUUUUUCGUUUUUUUAGAAU